GCUGUUCCUUCGUAAGGACAUCUGCAGUCGUCAUAAUGAGAGGUGCUGGUGUGGUCUUGGUGGUGCUGGUGGGAGCUGUUUGUGCUUGGCCACCAAACAAGUCUUCCUACAAACUGCCUGUCUUUCCUCAAGGGCAUGCGGCAUCCUUCCAUGCCAGCAGCUCCUCCUCCAGCUCCUCCUCGUCCUCGAGUUCCUCCUCCUCUGCUUCCAGUUUCAAAACGUCUGCAGCAGGAACCGAGUUCAAGAAUUCCUCUGCCAGUGAUGCCUCCUCUUCCGCAGACAAUUCUGCUUCCUCCUCCUCAUCCGGGUUCGUGUCUGGAGACGCUGGGGAAGACAUCUUGAACAGUCUUGUUGCUGCUGGAGGCAUCUUGUCCGGGAUCCACGGAGCUGGGGCAGGAUCCUCCAGUCAGAGUUCCGCCUCAGGAGCUCAGGGAAUCAAUAAAGUAUUUGGAUCUGGCAGUCACAGUUCAGCUUCAGAGAUUGAUGGAUCCACAGCAGGAUUCCAGUCCGGUGGUCAUGGUUUUGGAGCCGUAAGUCAAGGAUCAUUUGGGCAUGGAUCUGCCGCCCAGGGUACCACAGGCGGAUCUUCUGGCUCCUCCAGUUUCGACCAGCAUAAAAAUCAAGGCUCCGCUUCUGGUUUCGGAGCGAUCACACACAAUUUCUCAGGAAAACAACAAACUGACGUUGGACUUGGAUCUACAAUUCAUGGGGCCUCUGGAAGCCAUGGGUCAACUACUGGAUUUCAAUCUGGAGCCCGAGGUGUGUCCGGAAACCAAGGUACUUCGGUUGGUUUUGGAUCUGGAUCCCAUGGUGCGUCUGGUACCCUGGGUGAAUCUGGAAUCUUAGAUGUGUCAGCUGGAUUUGGAACUGCAACCCACGGUGUAGCGGGUGGCCAUGAAGCUUCAACUGGAUUUGGAUCUGCAGUCUUCGGUACAUCUGGAAGCCAAAAGAGCACUGUCGGAUUUAGAUCUGGAGCCAAUGGUGCAACUGGAAUCCAAGUGUCUUCUGGUGGAUUUGGAUCUGGAGAACACGGUGCAUCUGGAAGCCAACAAGCUUCUAUUGGAUUUGGAUCCGCAACGGACGGUCAUUCUAGCGGCGAAAUAUCAUCAUCAGAUAAAUUAUCUGGUAGCAGCGGUUCAUCCAUUAUCAGCGAAGGUUUUACAAGCUUCGCUUCAGGAAACCAAGGCUCGACUGGAGGGUCCUCUUCAGACUUACAUGAUUCCUCUGCAGAGUCAUCGUCCGGUAGCGGGUCCUCUAUUGGGGUCAUCAGUCAGAGUUAUAUUCCACCAAGAGCCAGCUACUAAUCACCUGGUUCUGGCUAUGUUGUCAGGGAAUCCACCAUCAAAGUCUGAAGCAGUGAUAAUCCAGAACACACUCGCUCCUGUUCGGAACUUCCCUCACCAAAGUCAAGAAGGACAGAUAAAGAGUUCGAACGACGUCUUAAUUUUUCACGCCUCUAAGAAAUGCUGCAUCGAAGCUUGCCAGUCCAGCAGUUGGGUCACCAAGUCAUCUCCUACUCUGCCCAUAGACUGGUGACCACCAGCCUUCGACUCCAAGACUGGUGACCAGGACUCCUCCUAGACUCCUAGACCUUCUUUAAUCACCAGAUGUUAUCACUUUCCUACAACUGUUGUGUGUGUAUAAAUGCUCGUGCAUGCAUAGCUUAU